AUGACAGACACUCAGGAGGCAGACGCCCCACGGAAGCCUCAAGGCUGGGUAAUGGUCCUGCUUCUAUGCUUGGAAUGCCUUCUGUUCCCAAUAGUAUCCGUCGUCAUCCUUUUCGUCUUCAUUUUCUCGACCAGGCCGUUUCUCGCCCUCGUCAACAGCAAGCCCGAGGUUCGCCAUCCUCCUUACAGCCCCUAUAUCUGGACAAGCGCCGUCGCACCGAUCGCUGUUUCUAGCAUCGCCCUCACCUGGGCAAUCCUCCUAUUCUACCCACAGUUCAAACUCGCCACGAACCCCUCUUACACAAAAUACUGGUGGGCCGCCGUAACAACCUUCCGGCUAUGCAUCGUAGUAGUCCUCGUUGCCAUCGCCGUCGCAUCCGCCCAGUACAUGCCCCUACCGCUCGGGUCCUGCGAGAACGAACACGAGUGGCGACCCGGCUCUAACGUGCCCCCCAACACACCGACGGUAUUCGAUGUCCUGCCCCGCGGCUGGAGAAAGGGGUCCGGCAAGGGCCGUCAUCGUUGGUACUAUGAGUCUGGGUGCACGAGGCUAGCGCAGAUUUGGAAAUUGGAUAUUGCAAUUGCGGUGUUGUAUUUUGUCAUGGCGUGUGUCUCGACGUACCUGUGCGCGCGCGCGCAAGGGAUCUCGUGGCGCCGGUGGUCGUUUAAGACCAAGCGUGAGACUCAAUAUCACCCCGUCAACUAA